UUUGUGAAGAGGACGAUGACGUGUUUCCGCUCUCACACCCGACAUUGCAACAACAAGGCGGACGAGCCGAGCUGGGUCGGGGAGAGACGACGGUACCGGAGGAGUGAAACAGAAAUCCAAGAACUGUCAACUCCCAAGAAUUGCCUUGACAUAUUAUUUUGGAAACAACCAACACAUCUACAGAUGAAGCAGAUGUUGUAGAGGGGGGGUGCCCCAUCCCCCAGUUACGGCAGGGACUGUUUUAGGUGUUUUGCUGAGUCCAGAAUGACGAAGAUUUGAGGUAGUUCUCUCCUCAGGUGAGUCCUGAGUUGUGAUACUAAGCUCUCCCGAGCUCAGGUUCUUCAGAGCCCACCCUGCUAGUAAUAUGAGCCAUGGACUCUGGGGCAGUUGAUAGUCCUGUAACCCUGGUCAUUAAGGCCCCCAACCAGAAGUAUGAAGACCAGACCAUUAACUGCUUCCUCAACUGGACUGUGGAGAGGCUGAAGAGUCACAUCUCCAACGUGUACCCCAGCAAGCCACUGUCCAAAGACCAGCGGCUGGUGUACUCAGGAAGGCUCCUUCAAGACCACCUGCAGCUCAGAGAUGUGCUUAGGAAGCAGGAUGAAUACCACAUGAUGCAUCUAGUGUGUACCUCACACAGUCCCCCAGGCUCGCCCAUGCCUCGGAGCCCCUCCAACUCUUCUGCUUCUGAUUCCAGCAGUGCAGACAGCGCCCGCUCCGCAUCCCCUGCCAACACGCCAAAUCAGGACGGUCAGCCAGCCUCUUCUUCCUCCUCCUCCCCUUCUGUCCCAGGAAAUUAUGAUGGGCUGAGGUAUCGCGGUAGCUUCCCCCAGUACAACCCUCAGAGCCCCCCUGGUGUCCCACAGUGGCCAGAUGGAGCCCAGGUCCCUAUACAGGGUGGCUUCCCUGCCAACGCACCCCCCCACCCCAUGUACAUGCCCAUGCAGAUGCUGUGGUGGCAGCAGAUGUACGCACGCCAUUACUACAUGCAAUACCAAGCAGCAGUAGCCGCCUCUCAGCCUCCCAGCGACUCCGCUCCCUCCUCCCCCCAGUCCGCCCCCCAACAGCCCGCUCAGCCCAAUGAAGCCGUGCAGCCCCCGCUGGGGCCCAACCCGGCCCCCAACCCUUUACCAGAGAACCAGCCGGCAAACCCCAACAUCCAGAUGAACGCGCAGGGCGGGGCGGUGUUAAACGAUGAUGAGCUGAACCGCGAUUGGCUGGACUGGUUGUAUACGGUGUCUCGUGCUGGCGUCCUACUCAGCAUUGUCUACUUCUACUCCUCUUUUAGCCGCUUCGUCAUGGUGGUCGGCGCCAUGAUUCUUGUCUACCUGCACCAGGCCGGUUGGUUCCCCUUCAGGCCAGAGCAACAGAACCUUAGAGGAGGAGAAAGGGCUGGCGCUCCUCAGGAGGAGGCAGAGAGACAUCAGGACAUACAGGAAAUGGAACGUCUGAUGGACGAGGGGAUGGAGGACGAUGACAGCGGUGAGGAAGGGGGCGGCGGCCCUGAGGACCAGGCCCAGGCUGCUGCUGCUGCUGCUGCUGCUGCUCUCCCUGAGCCAAGCUUCCUCACCACUGCGUGGUCCUUCGUCAGCACCUUCUUCACCUCACUCAUCCCCGAGGGACGGCCCCACCCGGCCAACUAGGUAGUCCCCCUACCUCUCAAAGCCCCUCUUCUUUCUGCCAGCAGGUAUCUCUCUACAGCAAUUCCCACCUUUAUCUUUUACUGUCCUAAAUCCCCAAUUUACCCCAAAGUAUCCGGUCAAAACUGGGCAAUACCCUUUUAUCCCAGACCGCUCGGCACAACCCCUGCCACUCGGUUACAAACCUCCUACAUGCUGCCAACAAACGGACUGAGAUUUAAAACGGUCUGCUCUGCAGAUUAAGAGCAGAUCCCAUGCGAGUUCCGUGGGGGUUUAGGGGAAUAAGUGAACAUUUAGAAAAGAAAAAAAUCACACUGUGUUAUUGGAAUAAAAGCUUCAGCAGCGAAAGUUUUUUUUUUUUUUUUUUUUUUUUCUCUUUCAUUUCAUUGGUGACUUCAUCGAGACAUGGUGAUGGCGAGAGACGCUGGAGGGAGCUGUCUUCCAUUUUAAGCAGUGAGGUCAUGCUUUUGAAACUUUUCAAACGAGGGACAUGACCCAGAUCACAAGGAAAAAAAAAAAAAAAUCAGGACUCUCCUUGAAAUGCCAGGGAGAUGUGUGUCCUUAAUAAACCACGAAAACCACAUCCCUGAAGACAUUUUCAUGUAUGCACUCAAUGUGCAUAUAGACAUUGCAGCUACUGAAGCACAUUGUUUUCCCACUUUGUGUAUUUACACAUGUAAUUUUCACAUGUAAGUAUAUGCAUCUUUAUUUCCUGAAUAUAUGCUUUUUUUGAAUAAAAAUCUUGCUGCAGUU